CUUGAAGAGGAGAGACAUGGAAGACGCUCAUUCCCUUUUCACUCUGGAAUCCCAAGGCUCGAAAACUUACAGCUCCAGAGGUCUGGAGGGGCAAAGUGGUCAGUCUGCUGACACCGAGAGCCAGGAGUCCGUGAAGAGCUACACCUUCCUUACCAAAAGGGACCUUUCAAUGGAUUUCAGGGAGGAUGAGGAUGAGUCUGAAGACUCCCUGAAAGAGCAGGACCUGAAGGGGUCCUCCAUCCAGCUCAUUCAAGGGGUUCAGGAGUGGCAGGAUGGCUGUAUCUACAGAGGGGAGUUUGGACUCAACAUGAAGUUUGGAUUUGGCGAGUUCUCUUGGCCCACAGGUGAGACCUACCGUGGGCAGUUUUACCGGGACCAUUUCCAUGGUGUGGGCACCUACACAUGGCCAGAUGGCUCCAGCUUCACAGGCAUGUUUUAUCUCAGCCAACGAGAAGGCUAUGGCACCAUGUUCACGAAAGCAAAGAUAUUCCAGGGACUGUAUAAAGCGGACCAACGGUUCGGGCCAGGCAUCGAGACCUACCCUGAUGGCAGUCAGGAUGUUGGUCUGUGGUUCCGUGAGCACCUCCUUAAACUGGGGACAGAGGUUUCUGGCAGCUUCUCCUUGCUGAACCACCCAGAAUUCUCAGCCUUCCUCACAAACUCAAGGGACAGAAUCAGUCUCUCCGAUGAGGAGAAGGUGGAAUGGAGUGAUCCUGAGAAGCAGGACCCCUUCUUCUAUGAAUAUAAAAAGUUUCUCCUGAAUGAUGACCUAACGCUGCCUCCAGAAAUGCAUGUCUAUUCGACUGACAACAGCCACCUACCCAUGACUGGCUCCCUGCGCAGAGAGCUGGAUGACCGUAUCUUCCUAAAUGAGAUCCCUCCAUUCAUUGAGGAUGAAGAACCCUGGUUUAUAACAAAUGAGACUUCUUUGUUGGUCAAAAUCCAGAAGCAAACUUACAAGUUCAGGAACAUGAAUGCUCAUACCAGCUGGAACAUAGCUGCCAUCCUGGAGGGGAACCGCGACAGCUUUGGGCCUAGUGGCCCCAAGGAGCAGAUUUCCAAGGAUAUGAUCCUGAAAGCUGAGGAAGGAGACUAUAAUUGGAUUUUUGGAAUCUUGAGGGACAACCUUGCCUGUGCUGAUGUGGCUGAUGCCAAGGGCUAUACUGUGCUUGCUGCUGCUGCUGUGCAUUGUCAUCGUGACAUUGUCAACCUUCUCCUGGACCACGGGGCUGAUGUGAACAAGCGCUCAGACGAGGGUCUCACAGCCCUGAGCAUGUGCUUCCUCCACUACUACCCCAGUAAAUCCUUCCAUCCUAACAUUGCUGAGAGGACCCUGUGUCAGGAACCUUCCAAAGCCCUGAUCACUCCCAAAAUGUCGUUCUUGUUUGGGGAUCCUGGCAUAGAUUACUUCAUCGAUGCGGGCAUGUUCACCCCAGGUGGAGUGGAAUUGAAGCCGUCGUCACUGCAUGUCUCAAGCAGCAUGGAUGACUCCAUGGUCCUGGGCGAUGUCCAGUCCCUAGAGUCCAUCAGCUGGAAGAGCACACCCCACAAGCAAGAAAUCUCAGUGAAGAGUAGCAACAUCGACAUCAAGAAAGAGUCAGAGGACAUGGCAGAAAAUGUGGAUGCCAGCACCCUGUACAGCACUGACACAAACUUUGAGUCUACUAUGUGUGUGCGGAACUACACUAUCCACGUCUCAAAGGACAUCCUGGAGAAGAGUGCCCAGGCCUACAGCUCGCUGGUGCAGGUCCCCUCCUUCUCAGACAAAGGGACUGUGCGGAAAAUGGCACAUACCAUGGCUGAGCGCAGAAACCGCUGGCUGACCAUCAUGUUGCUCCUGCGGAGAGGCGCUGAUCCCAACCUGUGUCAAGUGCCCAUGCAGGCCCUGUUUUUGGCCGUGAAGGCUGGAGACGUAGAGGGGGUGAGGCUACUGCUGGAGAGUGGGGCCCGGACUGAUAUUCAGUUUCCUCCACAGCUGCAGUCCCUGACCCCACUCCACAUCGCAGCCUCACUUCCUGGGGAGGAGGGCGUCCAGAUCACCGAGCUGCUGCUCCACGCAGUCACCGAUGUGGAUGCCAAGGCAGCUGACCAAGACUACAUAUACAAAGCUGGCAAGAUUGACUUCCUGCCCUCAAGCUUGAAGCUCAACAAUGAACCAGGCCCACCCAGCAGCUACUACACCAUGCACAAGUUCGUCCCCGAGGAGGGGGGACGCACUGCUCUGCAUGUGGCCUGUGAGCGAGAGGACAACAAGAAAUGUGCCAGGGACAUAGUUCGGCUUCUCCUCUCCCACAGAGCGAAUCCGGACAUGCUGUGGAGUGGCCACUCCCCACUCUCCCUGUCCAUUGCCAGUGGAAAUGACCUGGUUGUGAAGGAGCUCCUGUCCCAGGGAGCUGACCCCAACUUGCCUUUGACCAAAGGCCUGGGCACUGCCCUGUGCGUUGUGUGUGACCUGGCCUAUGAGCAACAGAGGACCACCGAUAACAAGAUUGCCCUGAUUGAUCGGCUCAUCAGCUACGGGGCGGAUGUUCUGAAGCCCGUGUUACUUACGCAAGGUGAAAGGAUGGCAGUGGGCACGGCUGUGGACUAUGGCUACUUCAGAUUCUACCAGGACCGGAAGAUUGCCCACUGUCCCUUCCAUGCCUUGAUGCCAGCAGAGCGGGAGAUAUUCAUGGCCCGGAAAAGGUUGCUAGAAUACAUGGGUGUGCAGUUGCGGCGUGCCGUCCUCAUCAAGGAGAGGCAGUUUGACAUGAAGGCACUGUACCUGAGCAAGAGAGCGGAGCUGUCCGCCUCUCACAGGCUGAAGAAGAGAAGUUCCAGCCUGAGUAAGAGCGCAGCCAUGGAAAAGCAGCACCUUCCCUUUUACAAGUUUUGCUACCAAUGUGGUCGCUCCAUUGGGGUCCGCCUCACACCCUGUCCUCGCUGCUAUGGGAUCCUGACCUGCAGCAAGUACUGUAAGACGAAGGCCUGGACCGACUUCCAUAAAAAGGACUGCAAUGACAUCAUGAACCUAAGGAAUAAAUGGCUCCACGGCGAGAGGAGUGGAAGUGGGUAUUCAGGUGAAAGAGAACUUGAACCAGAAUCAGAACCAGAGCCAGAAUGAAGUGUCCACGUGUGUCGAACUCACAAAGAACUUGAACAAGAACCAGAACGAGGUGUCCAUGUGUGUCAAAAUCACAAAGAACGUGAGUGAGAAGCAGCAGAUGAACCAGGUGUCUGUGUAUCCAGCUCAAAAGAACCCGAAGCUGAAGAGCCAGGUGUCCACAAAAACAAACAGAUCAGAGACCCUGCUGGAGUGCACGACAUGGCACCCCAUUUGCAGUCACCGUGAGCGCCUGGUGGCCCAGCUCUCCCCGGGGCUCUACGGAGGGGCCUCGGCCUCACUCCACGCUGUCUAUCCCGGCCACCCGAGAGGGGACUGCACCACUUCUCUCUCCCAGGGAAGAAUCUGGGCCACCUGGCACCAGGGCUUCCCAGGAGGUGGAGAGUGAGGACGCAGUUGCCACCCUGAGCCUGGGGCACUGCAGAUAUCCUUGAUGGAAUCAAAUACCCAGCAGGAGCUAUGCCCUUUGGAAGGGCCUCACUCCUGAGAUCUGUCUGGAGGUUUUCCUUGCAUGUGUGGCCCAGCAGCAUGUGGGGUGGGGCUCUGCUUCCUGUGCUUACAUUGGACCCAUUGGAUGCAAUACUGUAAAAUGUACUUAGGCAGCAGUGUGGGUCAAAACUCCCCAAUAAAGCAGACAUGCCACACCUGGCUGA